AUGGCGGCGGCGGCGGCAGCCACAGCACGAGAGCGUGGGGAGCCGGGCGAACCGGGGCACCGGGCCCUGUACUUCUGCGGGAGCAUCCGCGGCGGGCGCGAGGACCUGGCGUUGUACGGGAGGAUCGUGUCGCGGCUGCGGCGGUUCGGUACAGUGCUUACCGAGCACGUGGCGGCCGCCGAGCUGGGCGCGCGCGGGGAGCAGGCUGCUGGGGGUGACAGGCUCAUCCACGAGCGGGACCUAGCCUGGCUGCAGCAGGCAAAUGUGGUUGUGGCAGAAGUGACGCAGCCGUCUUUGGGUGUUGGUUAUGAGCUGGGCCGGGCUGUGGCCCUCAAUAAGCGAAUCUUGUGCCUGUUCCGCCCGCAGUCUGGCCGAGUGCUUUCAGCCAUGAUCCGGGGAGCAGCCAACGGCUUGCAGUUCCAGGUGUGGGACUACGAAGAGGCAGAGGUGGAAGCCGUACUGGAUCGAUACUUUGAGGCUGAACCUCCACAGCAUGUGGCUGCCUCCCGUGCCCCCAAUGCCUGA